AUGUUGACUCGGGCCAGCGCACUGCUGCUCCUCGCCUGCUGCCUCUGGGCAGUGGAGGGACAGAAUGAGAAUGGCAACACGAGGGCAGACAAUGGUGGUGCUACUGCUGCUGCAGAGAACAGUAAGAGUGUCUGGGAGGACCCCAUCCAGUUCAACAACAAGGCAAAGGACUUCUGCACCAUGAGCGUCACCGGCCAGGGAAAUGUCACCAGGCUGAGGAUAUCAUGCCAGGGUGCCGAGAGAACCUACUGGUGCGAGUACACGGGCAAGCCCCAGAUGUGCCGUCCCUACAACAACAACCCUCACCACUAUUUCACCCAGAUCAUGUGGGACCUGAGGAAACUCCAGAACGCCUGCCAGGCACCUAAGGCUAUCAAGCCUCAAAUGUGCAAGAGGGCACCGGAAGACGCCCAGAUGGUGUUCUCCGCUUCCUCCACACCAGAGGCCGCACCAGCAGCAAUCCCCCAAAAGCCGGAGAAAGCCCAAGAGUCAACCCUGGCAAAACCAGAGACCCCCAAGGUACCCAUCACCAAGCAGACUAAGCCAGCCGCAACCAAGCCUGAAGCUAAACCAGUAAGACCACAGCAGGCAAGAGCAGAGCACGCUAAACCAGAGCAGGCAAAACCAGAGAAAGCCAGACCAGAGCCAGCAAAACCAGAAGUAAGACCAGCACCUACAAAACCUGAAAAAGCCAGAACAGAAGCAAGACCAGCACCUACAAAGCCACUGCAAUCCAGACCUGAGCAGGCAAAUCCAGCAGCCGCAAAACCAGCAGCUGCAAAACCAGCAGGAGCAAAACCAGCAGGAGCAAAACCAGUCAAACCAGCAGUGAACAAGACACCUGUACUAAAAAAGCUUCUGACCCCCAAACCAACCGCUCCGAAACCAACCAAGCCCACUGUCAAGAGCAAUGCCAAACAGCUGGCACAAGAGUAUUGUUGGCGGUCACUCCAAGGCAUCUGUUCCUACGUCAUUGAUUGGUUUCAGAACUAA